UAAGCGCAGAGUUUCUCACUUGUGCAUGAUUUGAAUUUCUGCACGUAAUACAUAGUACUCGAUACCCAGCGUUCAUCAACUCUGCAUUGUUCGCGCGCAUCACGAUACCCAGGACGUCGUCACAACACCACAACACCAGAAACGGUCCACAGCACGUCGCGACUAAAUCGCAAAUCGCCAACAUGAUCAAGACAAUCCUCCUCAUCCUCGUCACAAUCUUCCUCCCACCCGUGGGUGUCUUCCUCGUCGCAGGCUGCGGCGCCGACCUACUUAUCAACAUCCUGCUCACCUGCCUUGGCUACUUCCCCGGCCACAUCCACGCCUUCUACAUCGAAUACGUCUUCUACAAGCGCCGCGACGAGAUCCGCGCCGGCACCUACGACGGCAGUCUCGCGCCGGGCGUGUACAGCACCAAAGUCCAGAACGGCGGACAGAGGAACGUUGCGCAGCCCGCUCCUGUCGCCGCUGCCGGUGUCCCGCCUGCCCAGCAGGGGUAUGGCACUACGACUGUUUAGAAGACAGUGAUGACGUCUACGGGCGAGGUUGAGACGAGACCGGCGAUUGUACGGUUUGAGGGCCUAAUGGGGGACGAGGCGGGGCUUGUGCCCGUGG